AUAAAGAGGCCACAGGUGGAGGUUUACAAGACCAUGAUCAAGGAAAACAAAAUUUACGCUCUAAGGACGUUUUUGGUCCUAGACAACUACCAAACUGUCAAAACAAGUGACCAUCUAUAUCUGAUUCAAUUCAUCAGCAAAACUCAGUUCACCGAAGACACUAGGACAGAGUUGCCAAUGAUGGUGUACGACUUUCAGCCAUUUGACAUGCUGCAUGCUCAACGCGUCGUCAACGACAAAAAAUUGAUUGAUGUCGUAGGCAAAGUCAUAUGUAAGAGCGGCGUUCAAAACCAUAUCAUAAGUGGAAGGGCUGAAAGGAUGAUGGAGUUGACAUUAGGAGACCCUGA